GCCAAGGGCCAUGUUUUCGUGCGAACGUUGUUUCAGGGCGCGUUGUGUCUUCCUUCAGUUUCUCAUCAUUUCAGACGUCGUAGAAAAUAAUUGUCGCAGUGAUUUGGGUAUAAAAGCAACGGAAGCAUAUUUUCAAAAUGCCGAAAGUUGUUUCGCGCAGUAUCGUUUGCUCUGACACAAAGGACAAAGAAGAAUAUAAUCAAGGCGCCACGAGUGUUACCGUUUACCACUGCCUUUGUGGACAGAUGGCUUUGAUCUUGGGUAAGAUGUAAAUUUUUUUGCGUAGAACAGCCAUAUUUUGUCACUUAUUAAUAAUAAUUUGUUAAUAAUUUGGUAAUAGUUUGUUAAGUUUACUUUUACGUAAAAAUGGCCGAUGCUCGGUCCUUAGAAUGUUUUCGAUUUCUCUGAAUUUGACCAAUAUGGCCUAUGGAGCAGUAACAUGCUCUCGAGAGCAAAUGAGCAGUGGGAUUUUAGAUUGAUUCAUGCUUUCGACUACAUUUAAUUGUGUCAUUCAUGUCACUCAUGCAGUCUUCAGUUUUGAAUUAGCUUCUGUCUGGAAAUUAUCAUUAACCAAACUAGACUGUUUCAAGCGUUCAGAUCCUGGGUACGGUGAGAAGAGAUGUGAGCAUGGAAAACAGCGAGGGGGUGAGAGUGAAGGAACGCCUAUAGUACUUUUAACAAAAGCUUUUUCCGGUAUACCAGAUUCUAUGAUUGAUCUAUUUUGACAGCUGUUGUCAACUCAUCAUUACCUUGACUGGAAAUGUGAUGCAAUAGCGAUGAUUUUCCCGGCAUAGUCAAUCGAACAAAACCAAACAAAAAAUCAAUCCAAAUCCAGUUGGUUGGAUUGUUGUUCAAUUGGUUCGGUAAUUGAACAUAAUCAGACUGGAACUUUUCAGUGAGUUUGAUUACCUAACUCAAUGGAUGCAAAUAGUUCGAUUUUGUUCGGCAGAAAGAUAAAAUGCAUUUAGUUUCAAUUGAAUCAGAAAGAUCUCCCUCUAGUAUGUAUUUUGAAGCAGUUUGAAAACAAAAAUAUUACAAUUAACCUGGAAUGUAUCUAAAAUCUUAAUUGUUUAAUUGAUUUAAAAUCAAUAAAUUCACAAUUCACCGGGAAACAUGCAAGCAGAGGCACCAGUUCACAUAACAAAAUUUGUCCAAGUUGGCCGUCGCCAUCUUAAUUUUUAAUACCUUCAGAGCUGGCUCUCCCCUUUUCUUCUUAAUAAUAAACUUUUCACUGACACUGACAGCGAAAGUGGGUACUCGUGGUAGCCUUUAACCAGUGUUUCCAGAAUUGUUCACGUUUUCUGCCCUCUCUGAAAUCUUUGCGUACUCGUGUUUGAAAUUAAAGGUAAUACAUAACUUGUUUGAAUGCAACACCUCUUAUUUGAAACCAGAUGAAACUAGUUUUAUGUUUGAUUGUUGCAUGCAGUGUUCGAAUUUCAAAUGUUCAAUUAUGUUUGAUUGUUUUAAGUGUUGGUUUUCCGAACAUUCGAUUGUGUUCGAUUGGCAAAAGUUUUGGGUGUGUUGGAUUAAGUUUGAUUACUGAACCCAAUAAAAAGUCAAUCGAACGACUUCGAUUGGGUUCGAUUACCGAACGUUUGAUUGACUAUGCUGGGGAUAUCACACAUCAGCAGGAGUCGGCUCUUAACAUCUUGUCAUCUUGGAAACAUGGCCAAAGUGAUAACAUUCUAAAUGUACAACACGGUUAAUGUGGGGUAUCAUCCUCGAAGAACAGGAAAAGAUCAUUUUUAGGCGAAUCUCAUCAGUGAAAAGUAGGGCUUCAAAAUUUUACCGUUUAUUAAUUUUUAAACAAGCUUGUUCCUUUCAGUUCUCUUCAGGAACACAGAUACGUGCAUGAACCUUCUAUUGAUAUGAGUCUGGUAGACUUUUUUCAGUUAAUUGUAUGUGGUUACUCAAGAAUAACACUUGAGUUGGAGUUGCUACAGCAGUAGGGAAAAGCCUGGACGAAUCGGCCUUGAAUUCCGGCAGAAGAGAAUUAAUGCACCCCUGGUCAUUUGCACAACAAUGUUUACAAAUUCCUCUACCCAAAACCAAGACUGUUUAACAUAAAACUACUAAGCCCCUCCCCUGGGGACAAAGAAGUGUGCUCUGCCAAGUCAAGUAAUCAGACUGAAAAUCACCGACAAAGAAAGUGGAAUGUUCAGUUCUUUCAUCUUUAAAACUAAAGGAUAUUUUAAUUUGUUUGCAGAAAACAAAGAUGAAAGAUUUUUUCCUGAAUACAUGUGCAUAUUUUUUAAAAUAAUUUAGUAAACAGUGGGGGGUGCAACCAUUGCUUGAUUGACACCUGUUAACACUGGAAACUCUCUCCCUCUUUUCUUUCUUAUUUUUUUCCUGCUUUCUUAUUUUGUGCUGCACUGCACUGUCUGAACUCCUCGAACAGGCUAUAACCAAGCUGACACUUUCAGACAUACAUAUUGUGCUCAAAGGACAACUGAAACUUAUUUCACUUGCCCACCAAAUCUCCAUUUUCUUUCCCAACAUCAAAGUUUAUUUCCCCCUGGUAAUCAGUCCUGGGUUUAUCCUGUCCUGCCCACUAAGCCAGUUUAAAAUAAAGCAGUCAUGCUACUAAACUUGAUAUUAGGUGACUGUGAGACUGCGGAUCGCAGUAGCCAUGCAUUUUACACACUUAGCCAAUUACACAUUCUCUAACUAUGAGACUACGGACUGCAGUAGCACUACACUUGUGCACCAAUUUUCUUUUCACGGACUGCGGACCAUGACCUUGAAGUUAGCUUUUGACUUGCCCCAACUCUAUCAGUUUGAAUCUCCAAGAUGGCAGGGGAGCGUUAGUCCUGAAAAUAGUAUCAUCAUAAGUACAUGUAGGUUGAGUAUGAACAUCCGGGUGAACGUAGUCCCAAAUAGGACUGUCGUUGACAGUGUCUGAUGUUUCAACAACCUGUGCUUUAGUCAUCUUCAUAGUCAAAUUGACUCUAAAAAUGACUCUGAAGAGGACUACAGGACAGGUUGUUGAAAUGUCAGUCACUGUCAACAACAGUCCUAUUCAAGACUAUGUUCACCCAGACAAUCAUACUCAACCUUCAUAUGAAAUGACUCCUGUGUUCAAACCUUUCACAAUUAUAGUAUCAUCAUUUGCACUACAAAAUAUGCCUGCUUUGGAGGCCAAUCAGUACUGCAUUUUUUUACUGCAUCAGUGCCUGCAUUUUGUAUUUUCAAAACUGUAGUUUUAUGUGUUUGCUGUAAGGAAAGUAUAUUGUGAGGUGUCACAACGUGAGCACUCUUUUCAAAAAGAUAUUACUUUUUCAUUAAUGUUUUAAAUGCAUAUAAUAUUAUUUUUUAUAAUAGAUAGUAAGAAGUUAUGUAGUUUUCAUUUACUCAUAUGUAGAUAGUACCCUUGAGAAGCUUCCACUGCGAAGAACCGACCAUGCAAGAGUCAUAGAUGGUUCAAAACAUGCUCAUAAGCUCACCUGUGUUGAUGGUGACACUGUUUUCUUGAAAAGGUACAAACAUAAUCUUAAUGCAGGGCUGUCAUUAAGUUUUGAAGCAGCCGUAGCAAAUGGAGACUCACUCGUAACAUCUCACAAAAAUUUAUAGUGUCACCUUAAGCUUUCCGCUUUGAUCACCCGUAAAAUCAAGUGUACUCAGCUGUAACAGGUGUUACUGGUUAUGGCCCUUAAUGACAACUCUGUCGUGUAAUAUGCUCACACCAUUUAGAAAUUCAGUGAUUGCUCAGAAAGCCAAUGAUCUAAGACAGUUUACAUAUAUCUUCAUCUUUGACAUCCCACACUUUGUGAACAAUUUGUGUUUCAAUUAUUUCACUUACUGUUAAUGAUGAACACCCUUCUAAUACAAAUGUAUUCCUCUUCUUAUUUUACAUUUAUUUUUAAGGCCAGGUGGCAUUGAGAGGCAAUUCCGCUUGAAGUGCAAAAAGUGAGUAAAGGAUACACAAUUUUUAUCUAGAUCUCUGUCAGUGUUCAACAUAUUUCUGUACAGAUUGUGUAUUGCCACGAAACCCUUUAUACAGAUUGUGUAUUAGAAUGAUACACUGUACAUUCUCUGGAAUAUGCACACCUCUAUAAUGCAGACCUUUGGCUCUAUCCCUUUGGUGUCCAUAUUAAGGAGAUUUGACAACCUGGAACAUAAUAUUUCUGUGCUGGAGACUCAUUUUACAGUAGGGUAGACGGAAUUACAGUGAUUUCAUAUACUAUUGUCUUUGUGUCUUCACUUUAGGUGCAAUCUAUGGCUAUUUUACAGACCUUCAAAGAAGGAUCAAAGCAUCACGUUUGUGGUAGAUGGUGAGAGAGAAGAACAUCCCCUAAAAUAAUUAUGGUCAUAUACAGCCUGAACACUAUCUUAUUAUUUUUUAUCUUACAUAGUAGAUGCUUGUCAGGACUGUUCCAUAUGUUUGAAAGUAGCCUGCAUAGCAAGCAUUUCCUUGUGGUUUCGGUGCAAACAACGACCUUGAAACAAAAUGUUUUGGCCAUGCGAAAAAUGGACCAAGAGACAAAAAAUUAAAGAUGUGGGGGGGGGGGGGGAAGGAAGGAGACGUUUGCAGGCAAACCCUGGGAUUUUGAAAACCCUGCUUGCCAGUGAACGGGGUGCCUGAUUGGCCUGGCUAGUGGGAACAUUAUUGGCAUAAUAAUUAGUUUAUGUCAAUCAAAGUUGUUUCAUACUGAGAGGUCAUGACUUGCACAUUAAUUUUCUGCGGUUAUUGUUUCUUUUCUUCAACAUUUGCCCUGUUUUGAAACGUGGAGCUCUUCCUGCAGCUAAAUAAGGGUUUUAGAUUGUUUAGUUUUCUCUAAAAUGCCUCCCGGGUCAGGGUAACAAAAAGCAAUUUUUUUGUGUCUGUGAAAGUGAUGGUUUCAUGCAAUGUUUUGCAUGCUGGCCCUAGCUCGUUAGUAUUUUUUGCAGGAUGUCAAAUUCUCACAGAUAGUGUUUACUCUGUACAGAUCCAAAUUUCAAAGAAUGGAUUGCAGCUUUCAGUGUAAACUGAAGCUACAUCAACUAUGGUGGAAUGCAUUGUGACUUAUGUGUCAAGAUUACUUUUUAAGCAACCAUUUUUAAACUCCAGCUCAUGUUUUUGUUAGGGUUAUUGAUGCGAGUCUUUGGACUGGAGUUCCUUCCUUGGUAAAAACUUUUGAAUUAGCUUAACAGCCUUGUGACUGUUCCGUUAUUGCCACUUUGUGAUCAAAGUUAACCACUCAAUUAAUAUGCUAGUGAAUGGUGUCUGUUAAAAGCAUAUUUACAAUCAUAAUUAUUACCUGGGUACUAUUUUUUUUCUGAGGUUAACUGUAUUAUGUUUACAAACAUUUUUUCUAUAUUUCUUAAACAGGAGCACUGGUUCAUAGUGGAGACAGUCACACAACAACAGCUGUCAAGCCAAAACCAAAUAAGGUAUGUACAGUUUAGAUGUGGUGCAUGCACAUACAAGUACACACAUUUUAAGGGUUACAGAGCGGUAAUAACAGUGGUCAUUGGACAAAGUUGGACUAAAAUAUGCACCCUUAUUUACCCACAUUUGCUUUAUUUUACAAUAAUUAUAUAAACAAUAUUAUUAUAAUAAUUUAAUAAAUAAUUUUUUUAUAGAGGCGGUUUCUUUAUAAUGUUCAAAGUUGCUCUAAAAGACAGUAAAAAUUGUUAUACCUGUACAUGUCGUAAAAAGUCUUUUUUAGAAAGAAACAUUUAAAGUUUAUUUUGUGACUAACUGUUUUUGAUGCCAUAUGGACAAAAGUGUUGACAAGCAUAUAUGACGGAAUAAAAAUAUAUCUUUUUUUCAUGGCAGUGGCUAACACUUCUGUAAUGGCAAGAUGGCAAUGUUCAUUCAUUUGGUCAUCCGUAAGACCUUCGUUAGUAACCUGAUUGUCAUAAGUGCUUGUAAUUAAUUAUUUAUAAUUAUUAUUUAUCUCUCUGCUCCAUUGUUUUUGUCAUACGUGACUGACUGUAGGUGAUGAUGACAAAGAGGACAAAAGAAUUUGGUAAAUUCAGCUCAGUUACUGUGUCUACUAUUGAUGAAGAAGAAGAGGAAAUUGAACAAGUAAGUUUUGUUAUUUACUAACUGGAUAAACUGCUAGAGCAGGUACAAAAUGGGUCACCACAAAGAUUUUUUAAUUUAGUAUAGAAAGUUAUUUACAUGUAGCAAAUCUUGUUGCAUUUGUUUUGAAGUAGCACAUUCUGUAUAGAUAGUAAUUCUAUUAUGUAACUUGUAUUUACAGAGUGUCAUAAUAACAACUGGAUUUUAAGUUAAAUCAAAUUUAUUUUGCUUUAUGUUCUAUUAGUAGAUUUAUAUAGUUAAUUUCUAUGGUAACACUGUUGUUGUAGUUGUUACCUGUUGCUGAACAGAGAUAUUUGUAAGUUCCUGUACAAAACAUCUACUGUGAACGUUAUGGGUGCCAUGAUUUUUUGUUACCUUGAAAGUUACAGUGGGUCAUCUCCGAAUACAGACUGAAGGUAAACCCUAGCUUGUGUGCCCCGUUCUUUCUUGCGCCCAUAUUACUUUCAAGGACUUCAGUGCUAUGCAAGCUGAUUUCUGAGUUGCUAAAAUACUCACAGUGAAUGUGAGGCUGAAACAUGAAAGAAGAACCCUUUUGAGUUAAAAUUACAAGAGGUGGGGGUGGGGGGGGGGGAUGAUAUUUUGGUAUCAAAGCACUCACCCCAGCUACUGUGAAGAGACGCAACUCAAAAAAUGCCCUAAAAAUCACUGAUUCUUGAGUUAAUACCUGCUUUGCAAGUAAAGAUACAUUUACUAAGAUAGUAGGUAACUUUCAUUGUUCAUCUGUAACAAUAAGCAUAAUAUCCCUUUUUCUGUUAUUUUUAGCAUGAGGUAGCAUCAUCGUACGCCCACAAUGCUCAGAUCAUUGAAAAACAGCUUGAAAGGAAAACGACUGCACAGAAAAGAGCAACGUCUGACCAGGUGCAGUAUUACAUCAUAACCAGUCCCCAAAUGUCUACCCUUGUUACAAUGUUUUCCUCUUCCUUCCUCUCUAACAUUUCUCACAACUCACAUUCUUUUGAGGAGAAAGAGGUAAAAAAAAAGCCCUUGGGGACCAGGUUUAGGGCUGUGCUCUACCUGAGCCUGGUGGCCCCUGCUGCCCUUGGAACGUUUGCUCUUGGGCGACUAGAAAAUAUUACCUUUUUCAUACGAGUCGUAUGCUUGGCUCCCCAAUUUUACAGGUUCAGAACACUGGGCCACUUCAUUUUUUCUUAGAGCACAGCCCUGCAGGUUAUCUCUUAUUUGUUUUUUCUCAAGAAGAUACUGCAUUUGCAUUCUACAGGGACAUGGUGAUAUUAUUCCAUGGGUUCACAUCUUUUUCUAUGUGUAGAAGCCCAAUAGAAGAUAAUAUUUUGAGUAUUACUGCAUGUUUGCUAGGCAUUUUAUCAUUCACAGAGAGAUGGGGGUGGGAGAUGAAAAAAGUUUCUUUGGGAACAUAUAAAAGGGUAUUGGAUAAGUCAGAGGCAGCUGUAUGCAGAUCCCAUUUGCCACUUCAGAAAUGAGAAGGGAAGUGGAGCUGAAAUGCUUCCUGCAAUAAUAUUGUUUCUGGGAUGGUUACUAGGGACACACUGCUCAGCUAUUGGCCAAUUUUUUCCCUGUCCCUAGCAACAGUCCCAGAAGGCUUUGCAAAAUGUUAACUCAGUCCAGUUUCCUUCUCCUUUCCUGAAGUGGCCCAUUGAUCACCUUUCCACUUUCUCCAAACUUCCUCUGCACACUUUUGAACUCAAACGAUGGCAGCAACGUGUAGGGAAUAACUUAGAACUUGUGCACGCCUCCCCCCCCACCCUCCUCAAAACCAAAAACAAAACAUCCUCUGAAUGCCAUGGCAUGGCAUAUCUGCUCGUCAAAUAUUUCCCUGUAUCUCAUGCAACUUUCAUCCAUUUUUGUUGCACAGACGAAACAAGACCCAUCCAAGAAAGCAAGAGGCACACUUAUUGAUCGAGACUAGCUGACCUGCAGUUGAUUUAUAAGAAUCAAAGACUUCAGGUGGAAUGUUCAGUAAUUGCUGUGGAAAUAUUUAGAACCGUUCAAUUUGCUUGGGUCUUGCAAUAGUAUUAUCAAGCAGAUACUAUUGGUAUCCAGCAGCAAGGUGCAUGGUACUGGGAAUGUUUACCUUAGCACUUUCGUCUUUGCACAAGACAAAGCUGGAGAUUUCACUCAUGAAGAAAAUACUGUUGAAAGCAAACAUAAGUAAUGCGUUUGCAGAUGACCGUCUUACUUUACAACAAGUGCAAGUACAUGUGAUCUACAUCCAAUCUACGAACAAUCCAUCCGCUUCUCUGGGUGCUCUGUGCAUGCCUUGCCACCUUGGGGACCCUGUGUACGUUUUUACAAUCAGUCCAGACCCAGGGUUAAACCAAGAAUCUCACUGGUUGUUUGAGAACGUAAUGUUUUUCAAAAGCUAUUUUUAAACUGCGACUGUGGAGAACUCUUAUGGUGCACUAGCCGUCAGUUGUGAUAACUGCCAGCGUCAAAUCCAUUGAUAUGUCUUUGACUGAAAAUUUUCCUUGCAAAGCUUUCCCUCGGUCGCACUACGCAUGUGUUUCAUAAACCUGACAUGUCUGUAACAUAAGAGACUUCUUAUAAUUGGCAUUGUAUUUAUUUAGUCGAGAAGAGAAAAGAUGUUUGGAUAUUUUACUGACUUGGAAAUUUGUUUAGUGUCCGAAAAAAUCUUACGUCAGAACUUUUACUGAUCUUUAAUUUUAGAAAUCCUAGUUUUUCAAGUUACCGUUUCAGGCUCGGCGGGUUGGGGCGG